AAAGUAAAGGAGAAAGAGCAGGAAAACAACACAUCUAGUCGCGUCGUCGAAAAAAUCCAAAAAAUUAAAUCACGGGAGCAUAAAAAUAAUAACCAAUUCCCAUCCUUGGGGACAAAGGCUACAGUGCGUUUGUAGUUGUAGUGGUUUGGGGCACAAGCAGUUGGGGUACCAAAACAAACAAAGAAAAAGGAACCCAAUUGGAAACGGGGAAACUGCGCGUCCUUAAAACAAUGUGAAAAAACAACAAAGCGAAAACAAAUUGUGAAGUAACGUCCCGAAUUACGAAAGUUUAUGUAAUGCAAUAGGACAACGAUUGCCACAUUGAAGCCACUGCAACUUGGACAGUAUUUAACCGUCUUUUACUUUUCCAUUUCCGCAAAAAGUAUACGCUUACGCUUAGCAGAACUUAGUGGGUCAAAGUUUGCACUCAUAUUCAGUCCCGUCCAAUAAUCGUAGCCCUCAAAUGGAUUCUUUUUGAUUUAAUAUAGGAUGCUGCCCAGCCUGGAUACCUUAAUGCGUUGCUCGAAGCGAGUUCUGCAAUCGCCGCUGGAGGUGGCGGCGGCCAGCCAGAUGCGUAAUGGCCACAGCAAGUCGUCCGCCGGGGGCAUCUACGGUCCCUUCACGCCGGACAACGAUCUCAGCUGCUCGGGACGCGGCGAUUGUGUGAACAACACCUGCGUCUGCGACAUUCGGUAUGCGGGCAACGAGUGCGACAUCUUCAAUCUGCCCUACUAUGCCGGAAUUUCCACCGUCUUCUAUGUGGUGGCUCUCGUCUCGGUCAUCCAGCUGCUCAUCUGCAUCGUGGCCGAGUACCAGCGGCUCAAGCAGCCCUCCAUCCUACGCGCCUGUCGCAUCACCACCCAGAAGCUGCUCUACUUCAUGGUCUUUGUGGCGGCCUCUCUGCGCGGUGCCUACUUCACCACUCCCUUGGAUCUGCAGCCACAAUGGGCCGUAACCCUCAUGUCCGCCUAUUAUCCAUUGCUCAUGACCUGCGCCUCGCUGAUUGUCUGCAUGUGGGCCGAGAUCUUUCACCUGCGCGACAUUCGUUGGGAGAAGUCGCAGUUCCUGUCGAAGAGCUUCCUCGGCUUUGUGGCCUUCAACUUCUUCCUGUACAGCCUGUUUGGCAUCGAGGUCUUCAACUCGCUGAUCAAUUCGAAGCGCCGCGACUACGCCCACAUCUUCAACGGAUGCUAUGCAGUAUUACUCCUGAUCGUGGUGGUCUUCUUCCUCAUCUACGGCGUCGAGGUGUUCUUCAAGCUGCGCGGCGGCUUCGUUUACGAUCAGACGGGCAAGAUCCUGGGUCCCAGCGAGGCGAUUGUGAACGCCUCGCAGUUGCAUCAGUCCCGACUCGGACUGCUCAGCCAGGCCGCAAUGCUCAUCGUGAUUGUGGGCUUUCUCACCUCCGAAACUCUGGGCGACUUCUGGAAGGCCAAGGUUCCUGUUAACUCGCGCAACUGGCAUGACAUCAUUUUUCGCAUUGCCGAGAUUGGAGUGGCCCUGUGGUUUCCCUGCUGCCUCUGGAACUCGAUGGCUCCCGAACAGCUCUGGAUUCUGAAUCCUCGCAAAUUGCUAUCCCGCCAAAUCGAUCCAUCGAUACCCACCCUAAAUGCCGACACCAAUAAGUUGUCGCCCGAGGAGGGCCAGUCGUUCCUGACCAAAAAGGACUGUUGGAUUUGCUACGACUCUGACAAGCCGGAGCCCCUCAUCCAGCCAUGUCGUUGCACCGGCGAUGUCAGCUCCGUGCACCACGAAUGCCUCAAGCGCUGGCUGGUGGAGAGCUGCAGCAACUCGGAGGCCCAGUUGUCCUGCAAGGUCUGCGGUCAUCCCUACGAGAUCGAGAAGUCCAAAAAACUCGAAUGGGACAAGGGUUUUACCAUCCAGCAUUGGUCCAAGACGGUUAUAUUGAUCACCCUGAUGUGCGUGACCGGAGCCACCGCCUGGGUGGUCAUUCAGAUGUACGUCGAUCCGUUGGUGCGAGUGAUGACUGUCGGCAUUGCCGUGCUCAUUGGCUACGUGUGCGUCAAGUGUCUGGGCGAGAACACCGUGGUGGCCUAUCAGCGGGCCAAAGUCAGCUCAAUCAACAUCGUGACCAGCUCGGAGAUGGAGAAGCUGCACACCAUUUGCGAGGAGGUAAGCGCCGCCAGCACCUCGGCAGCAGCGGCUCGGACGGGAGCGGCCUCCUAAGACGCUAACAAAAAGGACCUUCGCUCAAGGAGACACACACAUCACCCACACAUCAGCUGAACUUACACAGACAUUACAAUCUACUUAUACCUAGUUUAGAAUGCGUUUUGCACACAUUUUGCUCAAUGCUCAAUUAUUAGUUAACACACAUCACACGUGAGGUGGGUGUCCUGGCACACCUGCCUCUAUAUCCUCAACUGUGUACAUAGGUUUAACAAAACACGUCAGUGAUUAAGAAAGAGUUGCGAAAAGCGUUUCGAUUAGCGAGUCAAUUCUGUCUCUCAAAUUAUCAUGCAGAUUUCCAAAAGCGAAUUGUAUUAAAAGAAGCCAAAUAUUAUGUAGUAGUAUAAGCGUAGGUCAGUAUCAAUUGCAAAAGCCGAAACAGAAAGAAACGAGAACAUCCUGAGAUUAUGAUUAUGAACGCGUUGCCAAGUAGCCUGAAAAAAAGCGAAGGAGCAGAAAACAGAGCUUCGAUGCGCCAGUGAGUCAGCCCAUGCUGAUCUGUAGUUUAUAGUUUUCUAUUUUUUACAACCUAUUUAUUAAAGCAUUCUGAUUUGCUCCACUUCAGUUUCAUCCGAUUUCAUCCUUGGAUGUUAUCAAAAAACCAGCAAAACACAAGUACUUGGCGAAUAUUAAAUUAAGCAAAUAAGUUUUAACUUUGUAUUCGAUUGGAAUAAGUUUCUUACUAAAUCCUAAGUUAACCCUUUAAGAAGCUAAUUUAUACAAUAUGUUGCUCCCACAUAUACAUAUGCACGUACGUAUAUAAUAUAUAUAUAUAUAUGGAUAUAUAUUCACAUUUUAUUGUAGUUGCUACACAAAAUUUGUCAAAGCAAAGAAAAACAAAACAAAAACCACAAAAGAAGAAAAAUCCAACAUAUAAUUUAAGCUACC